AUGAUGGCUGAUCGGAGACGAGUUAAUGGGCCGCCCGGCGGCACGAGACCUGCAGUAUUUGCUUCGCUAUCUGGAUCUGGCACCGGUGCCGCAGAGCGCGCGCAGCGCCAGCGACAACCUUCCGAGCUCAGGAAAAUCUUUCUCAAGACGGGUCUCAUUCCAACUGCUUCGGGCUCGUCAUACCUUGAAUUUGAACCUUCCGCCUCCCUUGCGGCCGCCCGCGCCAACCCUAAAUCUCUGAUUCCACCCUCAUCAGCUCUCAAGCUCGCCUGCACAGUUCACGGUCCCAAACCGCUGCCCCGGUCUGCUGCAUUCUCCCCGAAUCUGGUCUUGACGACCCACGUCAAGUAUGCGCCGUUCGCGGCGCGCAAGCGCAGAGGACAUAUCCGAGACUCUACCGAGCGGGAUCUCGGUGUCCAUCUGGAGACUGCCCUGCGUGGGGCUAUCAUUGCCGAGCGCUGGCCGAAGAGUGGCCUAGACAUCACCAUUACUAUCCUUGAAGCCGAAGACGACCGUUGGUGGGGCGAUGCCCCCGACUCCCACGAUGCCUCGUGGGGUAUGAUGAAUGUUCUUGCGGGUUGUAUCACCGCUGCGUCGGCUGCCAUUGCCGAUGCCCAUAUUGAUUGCCUGGACCUUGUGGCAGGUGGUGUUGCCGCAUUAGUCUCCGACGACGAGAAACAGUCUUCGGUAGCUCCUAAGUUGAUGUUGGACACUGAUCCGGCAGAGCACCGAUCCAUCGUGUCUGCGUGUGUUGUCGCAUACAUGCCUGGGCGGGACGAAAUCACCGAGCUGUGGCUUAAAGGUGAUAGUUCGAAGGCAGCACUUGAGGGCGGAGACAAGAGAUCGGGCCAUGAGGCGUUAGUAGACGGCGCCGUGGAUGCUGCCAGGGGAGCACACACCGUGUUGGCAGAAGCUGUACGGGAGUCUCUGCUCAAGACAGUCGGGCAGGUUUGA